AUGACCGUCCCUUCACUAAAUACCAAAUCACAUCUUCGUCCCGAUUUCGACAGAGCGUAUUCUUUUCCUUCCACCACAUCACACGACGAGGAAAUGAAUGAAAAGAUCGAAGAAGGGAAAAAAGGUAUGGUGAAGAGAUUAGGGUUUAGUAAAUCUAUGCAGAGUUUGAGAGGGAAAGCUAAACUGGAUAAACGUAUGGAAGAAACCCGUAAGACGAGGGCGUUAGGAAGUAAAGAGAAUAUGUCGAAUCCUCAAUGGUUUUUACUUGUUUGUAUUGAUGAUGAUUCAUCUGAAACUUUUUCCACUCGUUCGAGACUCAUGAUAGGAGAUAAAGUGAGACAUUCAAGAAUGGGAGAGGGAAUUUGGAUGUUUUGUAUCGGUCUUCCGGUACUUUCAACAACGACACCUCCAGUACCUUCAUUACCACAGAACACCCACAUAGUGAAUUCACCUCCUGUCCCCCCAAUUAGACCGAUGCCAGUCACUCAGAAAUCGGGAGGAUUAUCAUCCUUCAUCAGAAAACUCACCGGUCGUUCAUCUCCUUCCGUCGUCACUCCCUCUCAAUCAAAAUUCGCCACUAACACUCGAACAAAUGCACCAUCCCGGUCUGCCACCGCACCCGUAGCCUCUCGACCUUCGGCGCGGUCCACCAUCAGUCCUCAAUACCAACAACAUGGAUCGAAAGCACGAGACGAACUUCCAACAACUCCUACUCGAGUCAGAUCGAAUGAGGCUGUGAACCCGGCUGAUAUACCUCUACCUCCUUCGCCCACAUUACCCGUUCUAGACUUCACUUCUGAACCGGAAGAAGAUAUGACGUCGUCUCUCUCAGCAGGCGCACAAGAAUCUAUAUCUUCUCCAGUCAAUGCGAAAGCUCCGGUGAAACGGACUCAAAACAUCGGCAUGCUUUCUCUCGAAGGAGUAGGGUAUGAUGCGGAAGAACAACUCACUUCGACUAUAGAAGAAGGAGAAGUGGACGAUCAGAUCAAUCCUCUUCCUUCGUAUAAAAGUGGAUUAGCCCCUAUUCGAAUUCCAUCUAGAGGGACCAAUGCGAGCCCCAGUCCGCCCACAGCAGUCAGUGAAAAAUUGCUCACGCCAACUUCCGAUACAUCGUCUUUCGGCACAAGAAGUCCUCCGGGGCGAACCAAAGGUAUGAAUGACAGACGUCAGGAUAGUGUCAGUCCAAAGGCCCAAGUGCCAGUAUCGACCUCUUUACCAACGGGUCUGGGAAGGAAAGAGAGUAAAUGGCGAAAGUCAAUGAUGGAUCUUCAAGGGACCCUUGGAAGACGUACGAGCAAAGCUCCUCCGACGAGUUACGAUGCCUAUUUAGCACAUCAACAACGUAUGGCUCAAACACGUAUGAGUUGUGCACCGACAUUCCAUUCCCGAGCCAGUGUCGCUGCGGAGGCUUUGGAGAUCCAGGAUAAAGAAGCGGCAGAAAUGGCGGACACGUUCUUCUUGUCGUAG